CUCUUUUGUCAGUUCACAGAGAGAUAAAACCCUAGCCGCAGCCAUAACCACUUACCAGUUCUAAAAAAUUAUAGCAUUUGGUUAUCUUGAUUGCUGGCUGGUUUUCUUAUUGAAGUUGUCCCUUUUGCAAGGCAUGUUUAGAGAAGGUGAAGAGCUGACAGAAAUCAACCCAAAAUAGAAACCAUAAACCCUGUCUCUCUCUCUGUUGCUUGAAAAACAUGCCGUCAAUUCCUCAACCAGGUGAAGUUACCAUCUGUGAAAUCAAUCGAGACCUCAUUACUGCAGAUGAACUCUCUGAUGAUGCAGCUAAGGAAACCUAUGGCAAGGUUCUUGGAAUUAUAUUCAGUCCAGUUCCUUUUCAAUCAGAAAAUUUGUUGAGUACACUGAGCUCUGAACAAGGUGCCGAUCAGAGGAAAAGUGGCCUACUUUGGGCAGCAUUGCAGGCAGUCUCUACUAGUUUGCUGAGGCACUGUUUUCACCCCAUUGAUGUAAAAUUGUUACAAGAUGUUGAUUUUCAUGUUCUUGAUUGGCACCAGCACAAGCAUAUAUUAGCCUUUAUUUCCGGACAACAUCAGGUGAGAAUACGUGAUUAUGAAGAUUCUGAGGGAGGGAGUCCUUGCGUUUUGAUCAAUGACUCCCAAAAAGAUGUUAGAAGUCUUUCAUGGCGGCCAAAUGGUGGGAGGGCACUUGCUGUGGCCUGCAAGGGUGGCAUUUGCAUUUGGGCUGCUUCAUUUCUAGGCAAUACAGCUUCAGUGAGAUCAGGUGUCACAUUGGGUACUCUUUCUAGAGGCUCAGGAACUAAAUGGACUCUUGUACCACCGUCUCUAGAUGCACAUCUUAUACCUGUUGAGUUGUCAGAUAUACAGUCCUUGACAGGAAGUCGAGGAAUAGAUAAGAUAGCAUGGGAUUCUUCAGGAGAGCGUCUAGCCUUGUCUUAUAGAGAUGGGAAUGACUUGUACAGAGGUCUUAUAGCAAUAUACGAUGUUAGAAGAAGUCCACUGAUUUCAGCAUCUUUGGUUGGGUUCAUUAGGGGUCCUGGAAAUGACACCAAGCCAAUAACCUUUUCAUUUCAUGACAAGUUUAAGCAGGGACCAUUGCUUUCUGUGUGUUGGAGCAGUGGAUAUUGCUGCACCUAUCCCCUCAUAUUUCGCUCAAAUGUUCUUCCAUAAUCAAGGUACAUUGGAAGUUUUACAAUCAACUAUUAUCCAAGAUUUUGAAUUGGUAGAUUGAAGAAACUGAUUUCCUAAUUCUAGAUGGAUCAUUUUCAACUAAUUUGGAAAUUGUAGGGCAGUGCAUUUGGCAACUAAAUCUUGUUGUAACCAAAUAGAAGUUUGGGUUUAUGUUUAUUGUUUAUGUUUCCAAUGGAGAAGUUCCUACCUAUGUUUGGAGGGUUUAAUAUUACAGUUGGAAAGUAAACAAAAGAAGCUCUGAUGAUGAAGUUGUCAAGAUGUUUAUAUCGUUCCAAUUUCUGAUGCUUUUGGUCAUAGACCAGAGCUAUAUGUUGAACUGAAGGGACAACUGAGGAGCUUGUUUGUGUUACACUCAUUCAUACACUAAAAAGGAGUUUGUUUAUGGACAUAUCAAUGAUCUCAAUCUUUUACGCAUAGUAAUUGUAGCAUAUGUUAAAAAUGAAGAUUAAAUAAAAA